UGCGCGCGCACCCGCAUCAGCUGGCGCCGGGAUCCCGCACCUGCGACCUCCUCCUCCCCUCAUCCCCGCCGCCCCCUCCUGCUUAACCCGAGCCAGCCUGCGAGGCCAUCUCCUCUCUUGCUAGGACCCGAAGGAAGAACGGCGAGGGGCUGACCUGCGCCGCGGCCCUGGUGGGGGAGAAAGCGUCCUCCGGCAAAGGGGUGGCCCGUCCUGUCACACGCAGGAGAAACCCAGCGAGCCGACCGUGGCCUCGAUGGACUAGCAACGACCUGCCACGACCCUGAGUUGCAGUCCGAGGGAUCUUGAUCCGCUCGCUAGCAGCCUCGUUCCAGAUCCUAGGAACCGUUCUGCCAGAAGAGCGGGUGGACCACCCCCGCAGACCUCUUGGAGACGGGAAUCCGCUCUGCCCCUGCAUCCUCUGCUCACCCUUUUCAUUCUCUUCUAUCCAGUAGCAAACCACCACCAAGAUGGCUUCAGUUCGGUUCAUGGUGACACCAACGAAGAUCGAUGACAUUCCAGGUUUGUCAGAUACCAGCCCGGACCUCAGCUCCCGAUCCAGUUCCCGAGUAAGAUUUAGCUCACGGGAAAGUGUGCCUGAAACAAGCCGUAGUGAGCCUAUGAGUGAGAUGUCUGGAGCCACCACUUCACUAGCAACUGUUGCACUGGAUCCAGCUAGUGACCGGACUUCUAACCCCCAGGAUGUUACGGAGGACCCGAGUCAGAACUCCAUCACAGGGGAACACAGCCAGCUGUUAGAUGAUGGGCAUAAGAAAGCUCGAAAUGCUUAUCUCAAUAAUUCCAAUUACGAAGAAGGAGAUGAAUAUUUUGAUAAAAACUUGGCACUCUUUGAGGAAGAAAUGGACACCAGACCAAAGGUAUCUUCUCUCCUCAACCGUAUGGCCAAUUAUACUAAUCUGACACAAGGAGCGAAGGAACAUGAAGAAGCAGAGAACAUCACUGAGGGGAAAAAGAAGCCCACUAAGACCCUUCAAAUGGGUACUUUCAUGGGUGUCUACCUCCCAUGCCUACAAAAUAUUUUUGGAGUGAUUUUGUUUCUACGCCUUACAUGGGUCGUGGGCACAGCUGGAGUUCUUCAGGCCUUUGCAAUUGUCCUUAUCUGCUGCUGCUGUACAAUGUUGACUGCUAUCUCCAUGAGUGCCAUUGCCACUAAUGGAGUGGUGCCAGCUGGGGGCUCAUACUUUAUGAUUUCCCGAGCACUGGGCCCAGAGUUUGGUGGGGCUGUUGGCCUCUGCUUUUAUCUUGGUACCACAUUUGCAGCUGCCAUGUAUAUCCUUGGUGCCAUUGAAAUUUUUCUGGUAUAUAUUGUCCCCCGAGCUGCGAUCUUUCGUAGCGAUGAUGCACUCAAGGAAUCAGCAGCCAUGCUCAAUAACAUGCGUGUCUAUGGCACAGCCUUCUUGGUCCUUAUGGUAUUGGUGGUGUUCAUCGGUGUACGCUACGUGAACAAGUUUGCCUCACUUUUCCUGGCCUGUGUCAUUGUGUCCAUCUUGGCCAUCUAUGCUGGAGCCAUCAAGUCUUCUUUUGCCCCUCCACACUUCCCGGUCUGCAUGCUGGGUAACCGCACCCUUUCAUCAAGACACAUUGAUAUUUGCUCUAAGACCAAGGAAAUUAACAACAUGACAAUACCGUCAAAGUUAUGGGGCUUCUUCUGUAACUCGAGUCAGUUUUUCAAUGCCACCUGUGACGAAUACUUUAUUCACAAUAAUGUCACUUCAAUUCAGGGCAUUCCUGGAUUGGCUAGUGGUGUCAUUACAGAGAAUCUUUGGAGUAGUUACCUACUAAAGGGAGAGAUCAUUGAAAAGCCCUCAGCCAAAUCUUCUGAUGUCUUAGGCAGUUUAAACCAUGAAUAUGUCCUUGUUGACAUCACCACCUCUUUUACUCUUCUGGUGGGGAUCUUCUUCCCCUCUGUCACAGGUAUCAUGGCUGGAUCAAACAGAUCUGGAGACCUGAAGGAUGCUCAAAAGUCUAUUCCCAUUGGCACUAUUCUUGCCAUCCUGACCACCUCCUUUGUCUAUUUAAGCAAUGUUGUCCUUUUUGGUGCCUGUAUUGAAGGUGUUGUUCUUAGAGACAAGUUUGGGGAUGCUGUGAAAGGUAAUCUGGUGGUGGGUACCUUAUCUUGGCCAUCCCCAUGGGUGAUUGUCAUCGGCUCCUUCUUCUCAACAUGUGGGGCUGGACUUCAGAGUCUCACAGGUGCACCAAGACUGCUACAGGCUAUAGCCAAGGAUAACAUCAUACCCUUUCUGAGGGUUUUUGGUCACAGUAAAGCCAACGGGGAACCUACCUGGGCUUUACUUCUAACUGCUGCCAUUGCAGAGCUGGGGAUUCUUAUCGCCUCCCUGGAUCUUGUGGCCCCAAUUCUUUCUAUGUUUUUCCUCAUGUGUUACCUCUUUGUGAACUUGGCAUGUGCACUGCAAACAUUACUUCGAACACCCAACUGGAGACCCCGGUUCCGCUACUACCACUGGGCCCUCUCUUUCAUGGGAAUGAGUAUCUGUCUGGCUCUGAUGUUCAUUUCUUCCUGGUAUUAUGCCAUUGUAGCUAUGGUAAUAGCUGGUAUGAUCUACAAGUACAUCGAGUACCAAGGAGCGGAGAAAGAAUGGGGUGAUGGAAUCCGUGGGCUGUCCCUCAGUGCAGCCCGGUUUGCUUUGCUCCGGCUGGAAGAAGGACCACCACACACUAAAAACUGGAGGCCUCAGUUACUUGUAUUGCUGAAAUUAGAUGAGGACUUACACGUCAAGCAUCCUCGCCUCCUCACCUUUGCCUCACAACUUAAAGCAGGAAAGGGUCUCACUAUUGUAGGCUCUGUCAUCGUGGGGAACUUCCUGGAGAACUACGGGGAAGCUUUAGCUGCUGAGCAGACCAUAAAGCAUCUAAUGGAGGCAGAGAAGGUGAAGGGGUUCUGCCAGCUGGUGGUGGCGGCCAAGCUGAGGGAGGGCAUUUCCCACCUCAUCCAGUCUUGUGGCCUUGGGGGCAUGAAGCACAACACAGUGGUGAUGGGAUGGCCUAACGGCUGGCGCCAGAGUGAAGAUGCUCGAGCGUGGAAGACUUUUAUCGGCACAGUUCGAGUGACAACUGCUGCCCAUCUGGCCCUGCUGGUGGCUAAAAACAUCUCCUUCUUUCCCAGCAAUGUGGAGCAGUUUUCUGAGGGCAACAUUGAUGUGUGGUGGAUUGUGCAUGAUGGGGGGAUGCUCAUGUUAUUACCAUUCCUACUUAAACAGCACAAGGUGUGGCGAAAAUGUAGCAUUCGGAUCUUCACAGUAGCCCAACUAGAAGACAACAGUAUUCAGAUGAAGAAGGACCUGGCUACCUUCCUCUACCACCUACGCAUCGAGGCAGAGGUGGAAGUGGUAGAGAUGCAUGACAGUGACAUAUCUGCUUAUACUUAUGAGCGCACCCUGAUGAUGGAGCAAAGGUCCCAGAUGCUCCGGCACAUGCGACUGUCCAAAACAGAGAGGGACAGAGAGGCACAGUUGGUGAAAGACCGGAACUCAAUGCUGCGAUUGACCAGCAUUGGCUCUGAUGAGGAUGAAGAGACAGAAACCUAUCAGGAGAAGGUGCACAUGACUUGGACAAAAGACAAGUACAUGGCAUCCCGGGGACAAAAGGCUAAGUCGAUGGAAGGAUUCCAGGACCUGCUUAACAUGCGUCCAGACCAUUCCAAUGUGAGGCGGAUGCAUACGGCAGUGAAACUCAAUGAGGUUAUAGUUAACAAGUCCCAUGAAGCAAAGCUGGUUUUGUUGAAUAUGCCAGGGCCACCCCGAAACCCUGAGGGUGAUGAAAACUACAUGGAGUUCCUAGAAGUGCUCACCGAGGGACUAGAGCGAGUCCUCCUUGUCCGGGGUGGUGGCAGUGAAGUGAUCACCAUUUAUUCAUAAUCUACUCCUGAAGACUCUGCUUGGCCUCACCUUUCCUAAAAGGCUUCCAUUCUCCAUGGAAGUGUCAGCUCUUUACUACUACUCCCAUCAAGUAGAGGCCUCGGUUCUGCACACAUCACACUGAACUCUUGACAAGCUGAGCCUCGAGUACUUGUGCAAAAAAGUACACGUAGUUCUGCUCUUUGCUAUCAUACGAUCUGCUGUCCUUACAGAAGAAGCAGAUAUUUCCUCAACAUCAGAACACUGGUCAAGUCCUAAAAGCCAUGUCUGUACUAGUUGAAGGCAAAUUAGAAUUAACAGGCUAAACCAUUAAAAUGAGUUGGCAAAAGGGAUGCUAGAAAUUCAAGAAGACAAAAAGCAAGUACAUGUCCAACAUUAAAGGGGAGUCUCAGAAGUCAUGGUCCAAUGAUGACACCAUGGGGGUAACAGCCAGAGACACAGCUUCAUCAUACUAAAGAAUUCAUGGCCAAGUAUGUGGAGACCUAACAUCCUUGUGGAGAUAACCUGUGGCAAACCAAGAUGAAAAUCUUUUUUAGCUAAUUUUCUUUAAUGUUUCCAUUGCUCUCCAGGACUCUAUUUUAUAUUAGGGUACUAUACAAAAACUGAAACAUGGCUAUAGCCUCUACUUCUUCCUCCAACACAAGAUUCCCCCAAAAUACCAAGUUCGGGUACACGUACUGUGUCAGUUUAUAUGUCUGCUGGUUCUCAAAACCCAGUCUGUGGUUAAGAUUGUAAUACACGCAUUGUUUUAUCCUGGAAAUUGUUUUUUUAAAGGUGGAGUAAAAAUUUCUUUCAGGUUCUUUUCAAAUGGCCAAA